AAGUGGGCAUGGAUGUAGGUAGUGGGUUGAAUUAAAUUGAACUAUGGCGAGUGGUUAAUAACAGAAGAAACGUGGCAAACGACCAGUCUCUCUGAUGUUGCUCUGCUGUUCGGACAAGUACGUGUUUUUAAAAGACCGUGUAAUGUUGAAGAAGGAAACAACCGCUACGCAGUGCUAACUUCCAGCUACGCUAACAGCUAGCAGAGGAAGCAGUCAUGGCAGAGGUCGGAGCCCAUCUGACUUCCACCACUGGGAAUGAGCUGCCAUCAAUCUUUGAGCUCCUGGCACAGGAGUCUCUUAUGGAGGCGGUCAAACCGGCACUGAGACAUGCUAUCAAGGUUUUGGCAGAGUCCAACCCGUCCCGUUUUGGCUUCCUGUGGAGGCGCUUUGAUGAGCUAUACCUGCUGCUGGACCUCCUUCUCCAGAACCACUUCCUGUCUCACUGCAGUGCCUCUUUCUCUGAGAACUUUUACGGCCUGAAGAGAGUUCCAGGAGGACGAGGACUUCCCGUUCGCCUGGGCCUGUACCGAAAGUCACACUGGCGCUCUCUUCUUCUUCUGUGCUUGGUGCCGUACCUGCGGGCCAAGCUGGAGGCGACGCUGGCCAAGCAGAGGGACGAGGAGGACUUCUCCAUCCGGCUGGCACAGAGCAGGAGCCAGAGGCUGUACCGGGCGGCCGUGGCAGCUUACCCGUACGUCAGCUCAGCUUGGCAGGCCUGGGUCUUCUGCCAGCAACUGCUCUUUGUCUUUGGAGUCGCAAAGACCCAUAACCCACUGCUCUGGCUGGCCAGGGUCAGACUGGCACGACUUACCGUUCAAGAUAUCAGAGAAAUGGAGCUGAUGAGCAGCAAAACUGACAACCCAGCUGGCGGGAGCCUGCUGCAGAGAGCGUGGUGUCUGAUGUCACAAGCAGCGCGUGGCGUGGCCAUGUCCCUCUCCACCUCCCUCUCAGUGGGCGUAUUCUUCCUGCAGUUCCUGGAGUGGUGGUACUCUUCAGAGAACCAGAGCACCGUGAAAACCCUCACCUCCCAGCCCGCUCCUCCGCCCCCCCUCCACCUGCAGCAGGAGCAGAAUGGACGGGACUCUCCAUCCAUCUCAGCCAAUCGCAGCAAAGACACCGUAGCUGGCUCUGACAACAGACACUGUCCACUGUGCCGGAGGACGCGCACAAACGCCACGGUGCUGUCCACCUCCGGCUUCGUCUUCUGCUACCGCUGCAUCUACACGUACGUGAAAGCCAACCGCCGAUGUCCGGUCACGGGCUACCCCAGCGAGCCACAACACCUCAUCAAGAUCUAUUCACCAGAGAACUAGAACACAUUCAAGUCUACAGGUGCAUCUCAAUAAAUUAGAAUACCAUAGAAAAAUGUAUUUAUGUCAGUAAUUCAGUUCAAAAAGUGUGAAUAACACAUUAUAUAGAUCCAUUAUUAUGGAUAUGGAUACUUUAAUAUGUAAAUGUUGGCCUCUGAAAAGUAUGUCCAUCUAUAUGACUCAAUACUUGGUUGGGGCUGUUUGACUUGAACUACUGGAAAUGGACUUUUCCAUGAUGAUCUAAUUUAUUGAGAUGCACUUGUACUUUCUGUCUACAGAAUCUUCCAGAAAUAAAGGAAGCGGCCUUAUUUUUGUUUACGAGUUGCAGGGUUAUUAAAAUGGGUUCUCAAAUGUACAUAGUGUUUGAUUAGAGAUACCAGCUGAUUAAUAUGAUUUUCCUGCAGUAAAUGAAAAAUUGUCUCUGAUCAGUAACUGUAAGUGAUUGGAUGGCUUGAAUUUUUUCCCUCUCUAUGUGACAGUAACUUGAUGCUGAUUGUUUUUAUAAGCUGAUUCCAUAUGAGUAUAUUUAAUUUUGACUACUUCAAAUCAAAGAGAAAUACAUUUCAAACAAUUCAGUUGUCUUCUCAAUUAAUCGUAACUGUCCAUUAAAUGUCUAUAGUACAGACAUAGAGUACAAGUGAAAUGUCUUUGGCCAGCACUUGAAAACCCAAAGAACAGAAAACCUUUAAAUUAGUGAUGGGACGUACUGUGCUGAGGCUUCGGAGCGUGUGUCGAGAAAUCCAGGAAGUUUUUUAUGCUUGUGUCGAGGCUUGAUUUUUAAGGGCAGGUGACGUCAUUGAUUCAGGGAGUGGUUAGAGUGUUUGAGUGACUUAUGAACAUAGAUAAAAUGCAAUGGGUCCCCGCAAAAUUGAGUCAAAGCACAGUGGCAAAAUUAUUGUUUUUUUUAAUAAAAAAGGAAUAAAGUCAUCAUCAGCCCAGUAUUCAUAAGCACAAUCACUGUCUAAUCUUUGGAAAACACUGCAACAGUUUUAACAUAAACAUCUCAUGUCCUAUUGGAUUUAUGAAAAGAAAAAUUUAACUUUUGGUGAACCAAUCGGAUGGAAAGCUUCAAGGCUUCAUGGGGCUUCAUCUGGCCAUCACUAUUUUAAAUAUUAUAAAAAAAAUUUAGGGGGGUCACAGCCACAGGGAACCAGUGCAGGCAAAGUGGCACAAACUGGCUAAUUCUUAUCUCAGUUAAUCAAAUUCAGCAGCCAAUACAAAAGAUUCAGUCUGUGGCCUGUAAGACACAAUUUAAGUUACGCUUCUAGUUAAGCCCCUCUCUUUGAGUGAGCAGGCAGACCACUCUCACCAGUCUUUCGGAUCAGUGGGUGACAGCUCUACCAACUGAGCAACAGCCGCUCAAAGGGGUCAUGUUUGGACACAUUUUUUUGCUCUUUUUAGACUUUUUUAAAAUUUGACCAUUUUUGACAAAAAUCUACAUGACUUUCUCAUUUUUGGACAUCACACAAUAUGGUGUUUUUCCUGUAAUUUCUGGCCAUAUUAUGCUCUAACAUGUAUCAAAAGACUAUAGUUGGGCCAUGUCUAGCAUUUUUAAGGCAUUUUCAAAAUUUGACCAUUUUUUUACAAAAAUCAACAAGCUAUAGUAUGACUUCUUUUGAGAGGGUAAUUUUUGGACAUCCCAUAAUAUGGUGUUUUCCUACUAUUUUUGGACAAACUUUACUACCACAUGUAUCAAUCAUAUUGAGCAUUUUUUGACAUUUUAAAAUUGGACAUUUUGGACAAAAAUCAACAUACUAUAAUAUGACUUUUGAGUGGAAGUAGGCUGCCAUGGUCAGGGAUUGAACCAACAACCUUCCAAUCAGUGGGGGCCGCUCUACCAACUCAUCCACAGCUGCCUGACAUACCAUAUGAUUUUUUUUUGUUGAGGGGGUCAUGUUUGGACAUCCCAUAUAUGGUGUUUUUUCGCUCUUUUUGGACAAACUACACUACUGCGUGUAUCAACAGACUAUAAUUGGUCCAUUUUAAGAAUUUUUAGGCAUUUAAAAAUGUGACGAUUUUUGACAAAAAAACAACAUGCUAUAGUAUUACUUUCUUUUGAGAGGGUCACAGGGUGUUUUUCUGUAAUUUCUGGCCAUUAUUAUGCUCUAACAUGUAUCAGCAGACUAUAAUUGACCCAUUUCUGGCCUUUUUAGGCAUUUUGAAAUUUGACCUAUUCUGACAACUAUGACCUACUAUAGGAUGACUUCUUUUUGAGUGGGCGUAGGUUGCCAUGGCUCAUUAUCGAUGAACAAAGUCCGUGAGCUGCCUUGGUCAGGGAUCUAACCACAGCAGUGGUGGUGCUACACAGGGGCCUACAGGGGCCACUGCCUCUGUGAAGAAGCCCUUGGCCCCUGCUGUGGCCCCUGUCUCAAACUGAUAAUAAAAUGAUCAAUUUAUAACAAUGAAUGACGGAACAAUUCUUGCCUAUUUUUUUUCCCCAAACAAUAUUUCAUUGUACACAAGGAAACCAGAAUGUGUACAUUGUAUAAUAU